GCACCGUAUGCUCGCGGGCGCCUCCUCCUCUUCCUCCCCUUCGUACCCUUCCUUCCCCUGCUUCUCCUAUUCCUCCCUUCUCGGUAUGGCGGCCCCGGCUGAGCUUAGCGGUCUGAGCGAUGAAGCAGCCUACGGCGCCUGUUCGGAGCCAGAUGCCAGCACUAAGGUGGGGUGGAUGGGGCAGACAAUGUUAAGAGUAAAGGAUCCUAAGAAGUCACUGGGAUUUUUAUACAAGAUUCUUGGAAUGACACUGCUUCAAAAAUUUGACUUUCCUCUCAUGAAGUUCUCACUCUAUUUCCUGGGAUAUGAAGAUAAAAAUAAUAUCCCGAAAGAUAAAGCUGAGAGAACAGUUUGGACCUUCUCCAGAAAAGCUACAAUUGAACUGAACAGUAACAACUGGGGCAGAAAUGAUGAAAAUCAGUCUUACCACAAUGGCAAUUCAGAUCCCGAGGAUUUGGUAGGACACAUUGGAAUUGCUGUCCCUGAUGUCUAUAAAGCUUGUAAGAGGUUUGAAGAACUAGGAGUGAAAUUUGUGAAGAAACCAGAUGAUGGCAAGAUGAAAGGACUUGCAUUUGUUCAGGAUCCGGAUGGCUACUGGAUUGAAAUUUUGAACCCUAAGCACAUGGUGACCCUUACUUAGUUCUGAUGAAGUACAUUAUAUAAGAGAUGCACACUUUCAGUCCCCUGAAGAAAUAUGUAGCAGUGUUUGUAAAAUUCUCCCUUAAUGGAGAGGAAUCAGUCCUGUUCAGAGUCUCCUCUAAAACUAUGCCCUAGAACCUCACUCGAUUUGAAUUCCCUUUUUUCUUGCCCUGUGAUGCUUCUGCAAUUUGUUUCCUGUUAGGAAUACUAAAUCAUUUUUGGGGGGAGAGCUUAACAUGCAUUCUCCUCUUGGACAUGGAUUGUGUUACUGUUUCACUAAACAUUAUCAAAAGAUGCGUAACAAGAAAUUCACCUCACCCCCUUUAGGUGUAAACCAACACCAACAAAAAAGCUUGUGUUACUACUGCUGAUCUUCAACAACAAUGCACAAAACCAACUUCAGAAUAUUUUUUAAUGAAGUCAAAAGAUCCUGAAGGCUUCAUGCCCAAUCCUGUAUACUAGAAAAUAAAAUGUCAAACUAACUUUGACUUGAGUAGUAUCAUGUUUAUGGAAGUCCUGAUCUUUCUUACAUUAUGCUUGGCAAACCUUUUUAAGGGGCAGCCUUAAACAGCCUUGCCUAUAACAAGAAAAUAAAUCAGCAGAAAGAAUUUAGUCCUUUAGAUUCUCUCUCCUGAUAGCCAAGAAAAGAGGUCUUAUAGUUGAUAACUGACAGUGAUUCUUCUUGUCUCUUCCAACACUAGAAGAAAUUUGCUCAAACGCUCUGUUAUGUUCUCUAUUAGGAAAUCAACUUAAGAGUUUUCAGAUAAACAAGUUUACUCUAGUAGAGAUCUUGAUCUACCCUCAAAAUGAGUGAUGGUUGCUAAAAUGAUACCUGUAAACAGCAGUAAAACAUGUAAAUUUAUGUAUGUUACACGAUGUAUUUGAUUUUACACUGUUCCACCUCUUACAAACACCAUAAACCAUGUCAAGUUUGGAAAUCCUGCUGUUCAACAAGGAGAAAAACCCUCUGCCCUGUAUUACUGUGGUUUGGGUUGCACUGAAAUCCUAUCUUCAGUUACUUGAGUAUUUAAUAGUGUAAUUCACUUCAAAACAAAGCAUUGAUGAAAAGUACAAAAUAAUUUUAAAGCAGUAUAAGUUUAAGCACUUUGCUAACUGUUGAAUCCUAGGAAACUGAAAAGCUGCUUUUGAUUUGUGGAUUACUUUUUGAGAAGUCUGGUGAUAAUAUGAAAUGGGAGUACAGGGGUGAAGAAGAUCACUGUGCACUUGAUUAGCAGGAUGCUUUAGUAAUGUAACAUGCAGGUCUAAUAAUAAGUGUCAGUAACUCCCUGGAUUACAAGUUAAAAUCAAAAUGUACAACAUAUUGCAUUGUAUUUCUACUAUGCUAGUGUAGAUAUUAAUGAGUUAAAUACAAAGUGCUGUUCCAUCUCCUUAUUUGAAAAAAUCCUGAGUUCUGUUUGCAGCAUCUUAACAGGACAGCAUAUGUAGACUCUGUAACUAUAGAGAGCUCCACAUGAGAAAUCACUCAUAAAACUUAAUCAAGGGUGUGUUCUGUUUACCCUUGGAAAUGAGUAAAUAGAGUAUGUGCUUCAUGUGAGCCUCAGGUGUUGGGAAAAAGGAAUGUGAAAACUUCUGUCCUACAGAUGUCCAAGCAAUCAUAAAUUAACUGGAAGAAGCCAUAAUAGCUCAAAAGAUAUUUUUUUCAGUUUUCUGUUUUUUAUAUGAAGCAACCUGACAUUUUGUCAUUUGUAUAUUUUCUGACUGGUCUCUGCAGUAUCCAUAGAUGCUGUGCUUUUGGUGGUGCCUUAUCAGUGUCAUUCAUAUGCAAUAGAUAAUUUCCUAUCUUGAAUAUUUCCCAAGUUGCCUUUUUUCUGCAACAAUAAACACGGCUGCUUCAUGUCUGCA